CUGGUCUUGUUACCAUACCGACCAAUACGUCAUCGUCCAUGUUCACACUCAUAUCGUACGGAGGAUCAUAUUGUAACGACAUCAGCGACACUGAGUGUGUCCGCUUCUCCACGGAUAUUUUCCAGAUCACUAUCGACAUAUCCGACACAUCCGUACCGGCAGAAUGGACAAAAGCGGGGCAACAGUUAGUAAAUGCUCGCUCUCCAAGCCCGAGAUCAAACCCCGCUCUAAUAUCCAUAGGUGAUUCCGAGUUACUGCUGUUCGGUGGAGUGGAAGCGCAUGAAUCUUCCCAACCCAUCCAGGUACGAAUGUUGAACGAUUUCUGGAUCUACAAUAUCGAACAAGGUACGUGGUUCGAACUGCCAUCCAAUUUCCCAUCUAUCUACUCUCCAAGAGGCGAUAUCAGUACUUCAAGUAUGAUGAGAGAGUUUUACAAUAACUUGCAAGUUGCUUAUUUCAGCGACUUACGAACAACGAUUGUGGCAUACUCAGUUCCGCAUGGACCAUUUACCCUGUAUCUGUGCGCACUGCCAACUCUAGGCAACGGCCGGAUUCACUGCGAAGCGAAAGGAAAACUUUCAGAGGUGCGAGUAAUGAGCUAUACGCAUAGCAUGCCUUGGUUUUCAUUGUUAUCCAGCCUAACUGACGAAUUCCACAUCGUGUUUCAUGGACAGGACAGCAAAAAAAGUUUCAUUUUACAGCAGGACACCCAAUUGAAACCAAAUACGUCCCAGCUAAGGAUCGCGCAUAAGCCGGAUAUUGAUGUUCGGAUAUAUUUUCCAGGCUUUCAGGGCUGCGUCAAUGCACGUCCGUUGUCUGCACCGCUUUGGCAAAACAAGUCAAUAUAUAUUUUUAUUGGUUCCUACUGUCCCGAACGAACAGCUGGUAUUGACAUUCGCUAUACCCCAUCUCAGACCCCAUCCCCUAUUGUUGUUUGGCAACUUAUAUACAAACCGUUCGAAUCAUCAACAAUAUUCGCUAAGCAUCCUUCACCAUCACCACUGCAGUAUAAUCGCAUAGGCCACACAUUUACAUCCGUCCGGCCAUCCAUGGGAAUUCUCUUUGGCGGUUCUCAGACAAUAAACCAAAGCUAUGAUUACCCUGAGUCGAUUUGGUGUUUGUCGAUCCAAAUUGAGUACCUUGUAGUCGAUUCCACAACCUACUGGCGACGCCUUAAGACACAUCCAUCCCAGCCCACACCCAUGCCUCGAAGAGACCACGUGGCAUUCAAGCACAAUCACAACAGUUUGGUGAUACAGGGUGGGCAAGACGCGACAAUGGUUUACAGUGACUUAUGGGUGCUGCAGAUAAGAGAUGAGCAGUCGUGCUCCGGUACGUGGACCCAACUGACUGAUAAUGUUUUCGGUGAGAAACUUCCCAGUCAGUGGGGGCAUUCUGCAACGAUGUAUGGUGAUGAUAUUAUUCUGUUCGGUGAUUAUAACGUGUUCAAUGAAGAAAGUCCAAGAAGCAUCAAUACUAGUAGACCUGAAAUAAUGACCGAUCACGUGUUGUUGAUGUCAAUUAAGAGCCUCUCGUUCAUACAUCUCCGCAAGAUUCCUUUGUCACGGCCAGUGACCAUGCGCUUCUACCAUUCUUUGUCUUCGUACUUGAACAAUUCAUUUUUACUGCUAGGCGGAUUCAUUGCUCAGAGACCGGAUGACCUUAAUGAUCCCAUAUCCGCGAAUGCUGCAUUGCUUUUUCAAUUCCGUGAGCAUGGAGCAAACACCACAGUUAAGGUUGUACCCUUUUUCAACUUCUCCAUCUAUGGCCAACAUGUGGUCGAUGAUCUCGUCUUCUCCGGUUGUCUUGGUACCCGCACUGAUGAAUAUAGGACUUUACUAGGCUUUAUGAGUGUGAACACUAACAAACAUUGUCCAUUGGGCUAUGGAUACUCGGAACACCGUACCUGUGAGCCUUGUCCUAUAGGGUACUAUUCGUCUGCUAUUGCAGGGAACUGUACGAGAUGUCCUGGCGAUUUAACGACACCAGGCAUUGGAGCCUGGAAAUGCGACACCAUAUGCAUGGACAGCUACUGCCAUGGCCACGGCACAUGCUUGGUGGAUAGAGAUGACAAGAAGUACUGCAACUGCAAGUUUGGAUACCUGCCGUCCGACAACUGCCGCACACCCGUAGUCUACCUUUCUCAGCUGGCAGCCAUCAUUUUCUCCUUGGUACUUUCUUUGUGCAUUGCGUUCCUGGUAAAGUUCAUACGAAAGCGUCGCGACUUGAGGAAAACGGAGAAACAAAUGCAAAUCCAACAUGUUCGUCUCCAAAGGUCCCUGAGGAAACUUGCAGAACUGAACCGGGGAGCGCGAAUGCAAUGGAGGGACUUGACAAUCAGCAAACGUCUCGCUUCGGGCACCUACAGCAAGGUGUAUCUUGCAAAGCUUAGUGACAUGGAUGUUGUAGUCAAGAAACUUCCCAAGCGUUUCAAUCACACGCGAUGGCGUUCAUCACCAUUUGAUAUCUUCUUGGAGGAGGCCGAGACUUUGCGAUCCUUGUGCCACCCAAAUAUUGUCCUCUUUCUUGGAGCAGGCCAGGACACAGCUGACAAGUGCCCAUUCUUGGUUAUGGAGUACUUGCGACGAGGUUCCCUCUACGACAAUCUCCAUAAUCCAGAAGUUCAACUAGAACAAGAGGAUAUGCUUCGAUUUGCUCUGGACAUCGCUCGUGGCAUGCGAUAUCUGCAUAGCUCCAAUCCUCCCCAGAUUCACCGUGAUCUCAAGAGUCCAAAUCUAUUGGUCAGUGACAAGUGGGUGGUGAAAAUCGGAGAUUUAGAGUUCACUAGGUAUCUUGCCCUACUGGAAAGUAAAGAUCGUUCGCAAUCAGGGGAGGAAUCCAGUAGCGAUUCCCAUGCAAACACUCCGGCAGCAAGCGUUCCACACGAUCAUGCAACAGCAGACAGGAGUGAAAACGAGACAGUGUUUCAACCAACGGUUCCUGAAUGCCAACCUUCUUCAAAUCCAAUACACCAGAGCAGCUGUGAUGUCGCCAGUCCACUUCUGGGCGAUGAGGAACUGUCACUAGUAUCUGCAAAUCGGACCUCUGCAACUAGUGCAAGUGUUCAUCCCUUAGUAACCAUGACAACUGUCGUCACAGAGAGUACUCCACCUCACUGUUUCACGGCCUCACAGCUGCCAUCACGAGUUGGAAUGACGUGUGGUGUUGGAACCGACAGAUGGAGAGCUCCAGAGACACUGACUGAGAAUAGUUACACUGAAAAGUCCGAUGUUUACAGCUAUGGCGUAGUGAUGUGGGAAAUAGCUACGCGUCGGCUUCCCUAUCCACAUUUGACGUUCCCGGAGGACAUCCAUCAAGAGAUCAUGGAUGGCAACACGCCAGUCUUUCCUCCCACCACUCCCUACCCGUACCGUCACCUGGCUGAGAAGUGCAUGAGCGACGAACCACGUGACCGGCCCUCGUUCCAGCAGAUAUUUCAUCAGUUUGAAGAUCUACAGGUACCAAGUAGACAGGAUGUACGUGAGGUUGACGUCUAAAGAGUAGUGUUCAGCUUCUUACAAGAGGAAUCGAUUUCAUCCUCUCCCUUUACUCCAUUGUCAUCUCUUGGAUACGUAGGCCAUGGCAAGCCUUCUGCCGCACUAGCACAGACCAUUACAUAAUAAUUAUACUUACAGAAACGUAGCUGAAUGUCAUAAGUACCCGCUCCCCGGCCCCCGCAAACGUUUUUGUUAUAAAAUUAGGACAAUUAUACGGUUAUACUGCAAAUUCAUAGGGAGCGACACAAGACACUAGCACACCUUAUCUUUUGGCACGGUGCGUCAAACAUGGUUCCUUGCUGUUAUUUGGCUCUUUACAACGUUCAGUCUGCACAAAAAAAGUUGUAUCCCAGUGCAAUAGAUGAAAUUUGUUUAGUCAGCAAAGUGUUACUCUUUUUGGUGUUUUUUAGUUUUUCGCAUGGAGUUAGCAACAGGUAGACUGCCGACUGACUGUUGUGACCUUUUAGAUGAUGCUAUGUACCUCGUGUGUUUGAAUCUUAUUGGCAUUGCCGGUCCUUGGAAGUCAAUACAAAGUUAAUGAUUGUUUGUUUUUCCUUCGAAGUACUGAAAUCCAGCUAGGCUGGAUUGCUUCACGCCUCUAUGGGCGUGUAUUGGUUUUGAUUCUUUUGAAACAUUCCAGUAGCAUAAAUUUAGGUACUUUAAUACUAAAGAACUCUUCCUCUCCUCUCCUCUCCUCUCUACUUUAAUACUGAUCGCAAUUGGCUGACCAAUCGUUUUGCACACUGCAGCAGAACGUUUUUUCCUCUUUGUGAAGAUUUGAAUGAAUUCAAUAAAACCCA